UGGAAAUGUUUUGGUGUACGAAUGUUACGCCACUGGCUAAUACAUUAAACAAUGUUUUGCUAUAAUGUUAAUAAAACUGACGGUUUCAAAUUGACCAGUAAAAUGUCGGUAGAGCGACACUGUGCAGCCGUCGUUUUUUUCUUUAUUUUCAAUUUACAAUGGGCGAAUCCUUCUGGAAUAGGACCAUGCCCAAGAUUACACUCCGGCGAAUCCAAGAUUAAUCUGACAAAGCUGACCGGCCAUUGGUUCGAAAUCGAACGGUCCUUCUAUCUCAUGGAGCUGAUCAGCAACUGCGUCACUUUGGAGCUCUCGGAGACGGUCAAAGGCCGGCUGGACGUCGCCGUGAGCACCAGGAGUUCCUGGACGGGCACGUUCUCCAUCAGCGAAGGCACCGCCGUGCCCACCAGAAGGGACCCCAACAUGUACCUGUACCGCAUCAACACCAGAUUGCCCAGGAUCAUCAACAGAUACCUGCCCGGCUCCGGAUUCUACCAGGUCCUCAAGACGGACUACUCCAACUACGCCAUCAUCUAUUCCUGCUCUAACUACCAACUCAUUCACUUGGAUAUGAUUUGGAUUUGGAGCCGCAAAAAGGAAAUCGAGGCCUCGCUGAGAUCGGAGCUGUACGCUUGGUUGACCAAAAACAACAUGGAUUCCGAAAGGCUCAUACUGUCCAAGAACGACAACUGCACUGACAACGUACUUAGCGCAUUAGAUUAUUAUAUUUAAAAAUAAAUUGUACAGGGAUGUAAUAAAAUUCUUUCGUUUAAAAUAUCGCCUCCAUGUUGCAACCUUUUAAAAG